UAGCCACUUUCCGCUUGCAUCGGUUGGUGGGUUGGACACGCUGCCAUUCCGAUAUCAUCAUCAUCACCCGUGCUUUUACGCUCUCAUGGCGUCUUUUGCCCGCUUGUUUGUGCAUCUGCCGCGUUAGUUCGCAAAAAUUACCGCUUAAGAUCUCAGCGCUCCAAAAGGACAGCGAGUGAAGCCCCUUCGCGGUUAGUUCAACCAAGCCGCCACAUCUCCGGCGUCCCAGCCGACCCACCAAAAACCAGCGAAGAUGCCGUACGCCAAUCAGCCGUCGGUGCACAUCAGCGAACUGACCGACGAAAACGUCAAGUUCUUCGUCGAAGACACCGACCUCAGCGUCGCCAACAGCCUCCGACGCGUCUUCAUCGCCGAGGUCGCCACCCUGGCCAUCGACUGGGUGCAGCUCGAGGCCAAUUCCACCGUCCUCCACGACGAAUUCAUCGCGCACCGGCUCGGCCUCAUCCCGCUGACGAGCGACGAAAUCGUCGACAAGAUGCAAUACUCGCGCGACUGCACGUGCGCAGACUUCUGCACCGAGUGUUCCGUCGAAUUCACCAUCGACGUAAAGUGUCUCGACGAACAGACCCGUCACGUGACCACGGCGGACCUCAAAUCCAGCGACCCGAGGGUCGUCCCCGUCACGUCGCGACACAAGGACGACACCAACGAGUACGGCGAGACGGACGACAUCCUGAUCGUCAAACUCCGCAAGGGCCAAGAAGUGAAAGCGAGGGCGUACGCGAAGAAGGGCUUCGGCAAGGAGCACGCCAAGUGGAAUCCGACCUGCGGCGUCGCGUUCGAGUACGACCCGGACAACGCGUUCCGGCACACGACGUACCCGCGACCCGAGGAGUGGCCCAAGAGCGAGUACUCGGAGAUCGAGGACGACAAGGUCGAAGCCGACUUCAUCGUGGAAGGGAAGCCCAACAAAUUCUAUUUCAACGUGGAGUCCUCCGGGGCGCUCAAGCCGGAGACGAUCGUGCUCAGUGGGCUCAACGUGCUCAAGAAGAAGCUCAGUGAUCUGCAGACUCAGCUCUCCCACGAGUUGCCCUGCGAUUCGCUUACCAUCAAUUAAACCCUUUCAGCGACUCCAUUUUUUGUUCUUUUCGGUUUCAUGGUACCAAUAAAUUUGUUAUUUUACUUUCGA